CACUAAAAAAAUUUUUCUUCUAAAAAUGCAUUCUAAUAAUACUACAAUUUUCCCAAUUUUAUGCCCAAAUAUUCUAAAAAUAUUUUAUUUAUUAUUUGCCCUUCUUUUGAUUUUUGAUGGGCCUUUGACUGUUAGAGCAGGCGGAAUUUAUGGAAAACGAGCAGCAGCAAUGUUGCCCUAUUCAGGUGGAAUUUAUGGCAAAAGGAGUGGCGGCGCUUCUGGCAAAACUUCAGAAUUUGCUUUAAAUUAUCCUAAUAAUCGAGAAAUGUUACCGAAUAUUUAAAUAUCACAGAAAAAUUGAAAAAAAAAUUUUUAAAGAAAUUUUCUCCCCAAGAAAAAAAAAGAAUUUUUUCUUCUAGUCUUUUUUUCUCUCUCCUCUUCCUUACACUCAAAAUUAUAUCGCUAAUUUUUUACUUUUUGUAAGAGUAUAAAAAAUACUCUUUUUUUUUACAUUUAAAAAUAAAUAUAAAUAUUUGUGUUUAUUUUUAAAUUUUCGAGAAAAUUUUUUUAUAAAAUAUAAGCUAAACAUAUCGGGGGAUAUUUCAAUGUACUACAAGCUACUCUUUGGGCUUCACGAUCUAUGGCCAUUAGGCUCUGGAUAUUAUUUGUCAUCCCGCUUAUGGCGAGCGCAAGGCAAUCAGAAAACGGCUAUUUCAAAAAGUUCAAACGGCUAGUUCAAAACGGCUAUUUUAAAAAGCGAAUGGGACAAGAUCCCGCGGGAUUAG